AUGAAGCUGUCUCUCAUCACCAUGGCGGCGGCGUACGCCUCCGUCGUUUCCGGGGCCAUCAGCUGGUCGCUCCAGAAGGCCGCCAACCCCACGACCGAUCAAGCCGACGCGUACGCCAAGAUCGAGGCGGCCAUGCGGCUCGCCGUCGCUCGGCACUCGAGGCUCGGCACGGCCACCAAGACGCUCCGCGUCUACUACACGCCCGGCGUGCCGACGGCCGAGGCCAACUUCAACGGCGACGUGCGCUUCGGCACCAACAGGGCGUACAUGAACGAGCGCACGGCGCUCCACGAGAUCUCGCACACCCUCGGCAUCGGGCAGACGGCGGCGUUCGACAGGAAGUGCGCGGCCGGCGACUGGGCGACGGCUCUGCCGCUGCUUCGCUCGUGGGACGGCGCGAGUGCCGUGAUCAACUGCGGCGGCUCGCACAUUUGGCCGUAUGGGUUGAACUACGACAACGAGUGGAGCACGACGAACGCUGAUCGACAUGUGAGGCUUAUCAAUGCGAUGAUCAGGGACGGUAUGUAG